UACGUUCUUUCUUUCUGUUGUUCAUUUUUUUCAUAUGAGAUGGGAAAACUAAGUUUGUGCCGGGAAACUUACCUCCCCAAAUGCCUGCCGAGCUGUGGCCGCCGGUCGCCGCUGCUCGGCAGUACUGCCUUGCCGAGACUUCUGUUCUAACUAACCAGGGCGAGAGGCCUCCUUGAUUUGGUACGCUCCCUGCCUGCCAACCCACCAAGUGGGUGUCGCCCCAAGGGCUUAUUCGCUGCUUCCCUGUUUGAUUCAUCACCGUCAUCUCAACCUCUUCUGCUUCGUCCUCGCGGAAAAAGAGAAAGAAAGAAAAAGAGAAAGCUAGAGAGAGAUGGAGCCGGGAUCCCCAUUAGAGACCACGUGCUUUGGCAACGUAACGGUGAUCAGUAGUGGGCUGUGGUUGGGGGACAAUCCCCUCAAAUCCACCUUCCCUCUCCUCUGCUUGCAAUUGUUGGUUGUGACUCUCUGCAAUCGCGCUCUGCAUUGCCUCUUCAAGCCUGUGAAGCUGGCCAAAGUUUCUACAGACAUCUUGACAAGUCUGCUGCUGGGUCCUACAGCUCUCGGCCGAUGGGCGCCGGCCAUGACGCUCGAGCUCUUCCCGGAGAGCAGCAAGGUGGUACUUUCGACGCUGGGUCAGCUGGGCAUGUUGUACUGGUUCUUCCUCAUGGGUGUACAGCUAAACGUGGGCUCCCAACUAAAGCGGAUUGAGAAGAAGGCCAUGGUGGUGGCGGUGGCGGGCAUCGUCUCCCCCUUCCUUGUCGGCCAUCUCAGCCUUUCCGCCGCCAACACGCUUGUCCCCGAGAGCAUGAGGACGGAUAUCCACGCCCUCUACGUCGGAAUGUACUACGCCGUGCCGGCACUCAGCGUGUUGGCCAACACCGUCAUCCAGCACAAGAUCCUCGAGACGCCCUUCGGCAGGCUCGCCCUCUCCUCCGCCACCUGCGCUCAGUUGUUGCUCAGCAUCGUCUUCCAAAUAGUCAUUUCAGCAAGGCGGACACCCGGGUACCCAUCGGCACCCCUUUGGAGAAUCACCUUUAGUUGUAUUUACAUAGCUCUGGUUUUUGGUUUGUCACGGUUUGCGCUUGCUCGAAUCAGAAACUCUACGAGCGAAUCCAGCAUUUCCUUCAUUCUGAUCACGGUGGCAUUCGCUGCCGCCGUCACGGAGGUCAAUGGCGUGCACACAACAACAGGUGCUUUGAUCUUUGGCCUGGCCAUGCCGAAUGGCCUGCUUGCAGCGGCAUUCAUCAAGAAGCUGGAAGACGUAGUCGCGCUAAUUGUGCCUCUGAUGUUUACCAUGACUGGGCAGCGGAUGGACUUGGCAGAGAUGUUCACCGGCCCGCAAGGUUGGACCCUGCUGGGCGUCCUCUUGGUGACUUUUUUGGGGAAGUCCAUUGCUGUUGGCCUAGUAGCUAGCUUGUUCAACUACACAUUUGUUGAUGGCUACUUGACCGGCGUCCUCCUGACCUCCAAGGGCCUGGUUGAUACUGUAAUGCUGGGAUUGUCUGCCAGAGCCAAGGCAAGCAGGUUAGGUGCGCAAAGCUUUAUGAUUCUACUCUUCGGCAUCAUCGUAAACAACUUGGUGAUCAGCCUGUUGAUCAAGCUACUGCACAGGAGUGCUGCAUCAACAGCAAAUACCAGCUGCCGCACAGUUCAGCACGUGAGAUCGGACACCCCAUUCCGGAUCCUUGCUUGCUUCCAUGGCCAUCAAAUGGUGACCACCGUCGUCAGCCUCCUCAAGGCCACUCAAGCCACCCCAAAAUCCCCCAUCAAGCUCUCCGCCCUGCACCUCAUCCACGCCAGCACCCGUUGCACCACCCUUUUCGUUGAUGCUAACAAUUCACUCAACAGCGACGAAGAUGAUCACAAUGAUCCAAUCCGCAUCGCCUUCAAGAGCCAGCAGUCGACGCGGAACAUAAUCGUUGAGCAUUUCACGAGGUUGUCGUCUUACUCCACAAUGGACCAGGACAUUACCAAGCUUGCUGCCGAAACAGACUCCGCCUUCAUCAUCGUUCCUUGGCAACAACAUGGCUCUGAUACUGCAGAAUCCAGCGGGAAGCACUUCAGGAGCGUCGCCUUGAAAAUUCUCACAAGCACACCGUGUUCAGUGGGAAUCCUUGUCAGCCGAGGCCUGGUGCGGACCUGCACCGACGCGUUCAGGCACGUUGCCGUCCUGUUCUUCGGCGGCCCCGAUGACCGGGAGGCGCUGGCUUUUGCAGCGAGGAUGGGGAAGCAAGAGGGCACCACCGUCAACGUCGUGCGUGUCCUGCCUUCUUCCCAAUUGCUGAAAUCAGACAGGAUGGCGGAACAAUGGAUGCCCAUUCCCGGCAUGUAUGUCGAUGGUGAUGACAGAGAGAAGGUGGUCGAUGACUACUGCAUUGGCCAUUUCCAGAUGGAGAUGGCCGGUAAGAAGUCUGUGUCAUACAUAGAGAAAUUCGUCUCCUGUGGGCCGGAAACAGUGGCGCUUAUACAGUCCAUGAGCCAAGAUCAUGAGCUCUUCAUAGUGGGGAGGUGCCAGCCGACGAUCAAUCUGGGGAUCAUCUCAGGGAUGGAGGAAUGGCAUGAGUUCCCGGAGCUGGGUUUGAUGGGGGACUUAUUGGUUUCCCCGGAUUUUCCCGUAGUAUCGGUGUUGGUCGUGCAACAGCACGUAUGGCGGAAGUAUGGGAGUGACACCUCCGUCCGGUCACUGGGAAGAGGAAAGCAAUCUAACGCCAUGGGAGCGUGGGAUUCUUCUCAUGGUAACUUGCAUCGCAGGCAGGUCGCAGGUCAGAAGGACCCUGGUUGGCAGUGGAACCUGCAUCUUGGUUUUUGAGAGAAGUUGGUAGUUUUUCUAAGAAAUACAGAGGAGGACUCUCCUCUUACCUCUCCUUUAUAGACUUAGUUCACCUAGCUUUCUUCUCGUGCUGUAGCAACAGGAUAUGCUUGCAGAAUUUUUUAGAGUUAAAACAAGCUAAUUAAUGCCCAUGUAGCAUGGUGGUUGUAAAUUGAUUUAAUACGAUUGCAAU